AUGGAGUUCCUGCAGGACAGCAUCCCCAUGGUGUCCGUGGCGGCGGCGGCCGCCGCGCUGUACGCGCGCGCGUCUUCGUCCGUCCUCCGCCCGGGCUUCCCGCGCCUCGUCGCGCUGCUCCCGCUCUUCCCAUUCCUCGUCGCCGCCCCCUUGGCCUUCACUUCCUCCGCCAUCAUCCGGGCCACCGUCGCCUUCUUCCUCGCCUGGCUCUGCGCGUUCAAGCUCCUCCUUCUCGCCGCCGGCCGCGGGCCGCUCGACCCCGCCCUCCCCGUGCUCACGUUCCUCCUCACCGCCUUGCUCCCCGUCAAGCUCCGGCAGCGGCGCGGCGGUGCGGGAGCGGCGGCGUCGACCGAAGCCAGCAGACCGGGUAUGUCACUGGUUUCUUGCGCGGUCAAGGCGGCGGUCAUAGCCGUCAUCCUCCGCCUCUACAAGUUCAACAACCAGCUCCAUCUCUACGUGCGCCUCGCCUUGUACGGCGUCCACAUAUACUGCUUCCUGGACCUCUUCUUCCCCUGCAUCGCGCUCGCCGUCGGCGCGCUCGGCAUGGAGACGGAGCCGCAGUUCGACCGGCCGUACCUGGCGUCGUCGCUGCGCGACUUCUGGGGACGGCGGUGGAACCUCAUGGUGCCCGCCAUCCUCCGGCCGUCCGUGUACGACCCCGUGCGCGCUCGCGCCGGGAACCCCGCCGGCGUGCUGGCCACCUUCCUCGUGUCCGGGCUGAUGCACGAAGGUAUGGUGUACUACCUCAGCCUGCGGCGGCCGAACGGCGGGAUGACCGCCUUCUUCCUGCUACACGGCGUUUGCUGCGUCGCCGAGGGGUGGUGCGCGCGGGGGUGGACGGCGAGGGGGUUGCCGUCGCCACCGCGGGCCGUGGCGACGCUACUGGUGGUGCUGUUCGUCGCGGCCACAUCAUUCUGGCUCUUCUUCCCGCCGUUGUGCAAGGACGGGGUAGAGGAGAAGCUGUUGGAGGAGUGGGCUGCCGUGGCGGCCUUCUUCCUCGACGCCGGCAAGAAGAUUACAUGGUAUGGCUAACGGACGGGGAAUCAGUGACUUGCAAACAGCAAGUCACCACCUGCCCCCCUUGCAUCCAAUGUUCACUGUC